UGUUUUACUGUCUUGAUCAAGAAUGACGGAAUAAAAGCGAACUAGCGAUCUUAGCAUGUCUUUUGUGUGUGCCAGUUAUAAAAUGUAUUGAAAUAUAAUACGUAUUUUUAAAAUAAAAAAGCAUUUUCCAUCCUGUGCAUGCAAGCUUCCAUUACAACGAGACAACAGCAAUUGCCUGUCGUAUAAAAACAGCGUUUGGAAACUUAAGAUAUUUCAGAUUUUCUGGAAUUCCAAUUCAAAUGGUCAAACUCUGAAAAGACAACGAAGGCACCCGUGGAGAAUGCAGUAACCUUCCUCCACAAUCUACCCCAGAUACUUGUAUGAGAGGGAGCAAUUUCAAGCGUUUUAUCGAUCACAACCUCACAGCACAGGUGUCGCAAAGAGGUGACAGAGAUGCCAAGCAUCCAUGAAGAGAUCUGUGCAGGGUGUGGUUACCCCAUCCGUGAUAAAUACUUGUUAAAGAUAAACGACAAUGUCUGGCAUGAACACUGUUUGCAGUGCGCCAUCUGUCGGCUUUCCCUCUCCGGAACUUGUUACAGCAAGAACGGUCACCUAUACUGCAAAUCAGACUACGACAAAUUAUUCCGCGGGCGGUGCAGCGGUUGUGGAUUCAGCAUAGACCCCCAAGAUUUAGUCCGCCGAGUGUACUCGAACACGUACCACCUGCCUUGUUUUCGCUGUGUGGAGUGCGGACACGUGCUACAAAAUGGAAACGAGUUCUACAUCAGAGACGGCCAGAUCUUUUGUCGAUAUGACCACGAUAAAGAGUUCCACAUACCCUCAUUCAGCCCAAAAGUGGAUGAAGACAGUGAUAGCUACGAAGAUUUCGAUUUGGACGUAGAUCGUCAGGCCAAACGACCAAGAACCAUCCUAACCACAAGUCAACGAAGGAAGUUUAAGCAGGCUUUUGAAGCCAAUCCAAAACCGUGCCGCAAGGUUCGUGAACAACUUGCAGCAGAAACAGGGUUAACUAUAAGAGUUGUCCAAGUAUGGUUUCAAAAUCAGAGAGCCAAGGUGAAGAAAACUUCUCGGAAGGGUGGUAAAGAGACAAGUGAAAAGGGAAGAAAACGAAAACUUCGAAGUGAGGAUGGAGAGAAGGAUGGGUUUCAAGAAUAUGAGGAUAUGAAUAGACCCACAUCUGACAACGAAGGAUCAAUGUAUUCAAACAUGGACAGCGGCAGUAAUAUGUUUCUGGAAAUGCCGACUUCUGAUGAUUCUGACGAGUCGCCUGUCCCUCCCAGAAUAGACAGCUGCCAAGAUGGCGGCACUCCCUGUCCUACCAAUCACAUUAACAAGCUGUAUUCAAUGCAGACCUCUUACUUUUGUGCGGAGUAGUCGGAAUGGUGAUUCAGCGAUUUCGUCCAUUUCAUUUAUUCCGCCCAAAUCCGGUACACUGGUGCAUUACAAAAGUUAAAUUUCACUUUCGUGUAUAUAUUUUAAAAAUUAUAUAUUUAUUAUUAUGCUUUUGCUGCAGAACUGCAGUCAUGUUGUCUCAUGUAAUGGGAAUAUACUGUUGUGUCCAUUUUUCCGCUGUACAUGAAGCAGUCUGGUGCUUCUGUUGUACUUAUUUCAAUGUUAUGGGGUAAAAUUAUUAACAUUUUCCUUGCAUGCGAUUAAUUUAAGAAUCCAUCUUUACACGUCAUAAGCUCUUGUCCAUACAUACUUAGCAUCACUACAAUUCUCAUAAAAUGAGUUCAUGAACGAAAUUUUCACACACAAGUUCAUUAAAAUGGGCUUGAUCAUCCAGCCAUGUCUUUGUUCUCAAAUAAGGUAAGAAGACAUAAUUAGCUACUUAGAAUAAAUAGAAUUUUAUUUUUGGAAUAAAUUUCUGCAUUCACCGCCGCCAUCUUUGUUUUUCAACACCUGGCCGUCCUGUACAUUGUCUGACCACGAUAGUUCAUGUAUGUUGUCAGAUUACUUUUACUUCCCUGUGUUAAUAUUUUGUAGUAUUUAUUAUUUCUUUAUUGAUAAUAAAACGUUUAUGUG